AUUUGUCAAUUUGAAUUUUACCUUGUGAACAUCGAAGGUCAUUUUGCGGUGAAUAAUUUCAUUUUGGAGUUGUAUAUCAUCACAUUCGAUAAAAUACCUAAGAAAUUAAAAAAAAAUCCAAAAUGCAAACUGCUAUACGAACUGCUUCCUCUACAGUUUUGCCUAAAUCAAUGAAACAUUUAAGAAAAGGAUAUUUAAAUAAUUUAUAUCGAUUGUACUCCUCUGGUCAAGAAGCAGAUCUUGUUGUUAUUGGAUCAGGGCCUGGAGGAUAUGUUGCUUCAAUUAAAGCGGCUCAAUUGGGCUUAAAGACUGUCUGCAUUGAAAAAGAACCAACAUUGGGCGGUACAUGCUUAAAUGUAGGAUGUAUACCCUCAAAGGCAUUGUUGAACAACUCUCAUUAUUAUCACAUGGCUCAUUCUGGAGACUUAUCUUCUAGGGGAAUAAUCACUGACGGUGUUAGAUUAGACUUGGAAAAACUUAUGGGUCAAAAAUCCAAUGCAGUUAAAUCCUUGACUGGUGGAAUUGCACAACUGUUCAAGAAAAAUAAAGUAGAACUUAUCAAAGGUCAUGGUAAAAUCACAGGAGUUAAUCAAGUAACGGCAUUAAAAGAAGAUGGCUCUAGCGAAGUAGUUAACACUAAGUAUAUAAUGAUAGCUACAGGAUCUGAAGUAACGCCCUUCCCAGGAAUUGAAAUCGAUGAAGAACAGAUAGUCUCUUCCACCGGGGCCUUAUCACUCAAAGAAGUACCCAAAAGAUUUAUCGUAAUAGGUGCUGGUGUCAUCGGUCUUGAAUUGGGUUCCGUAUGGUCAAGAUUAGGUUCCGAUGUAACCGCUAUAGAAUUCCUACCUUCAAUUGGAGGUAUGGGUAUUGAUGCUGAAGUGUCAAAAUCUCUCCAAAAAAUUAUGACCAAACAAGGUUUGAAAUUCAAGUUGAACACCAAGGUGAUGGGUGCCCAGAAAACUGGAGGUGUAGUGAAGGUUCAAGUGGAAGAUGCCAAAGACACAAGCAAAAAGGAAGAGCUCGAGUGCGAUGUUUUACUAGUUUGCGUUGGCCGUAGGCCAUACACCACAAACCUUGGCCUUGAAGAUAUGGGUAUAGAAAGGGACCAAAAAGGCAGAGUACCAGUUAACGGCAACUUCCAAACAGUCAUUCCAAACAUUUAUGCUAUCGGCGAUUGCAUUCAUGGUCCAAUGUUAGCCCACAAAGCAGAAGACGAAGGUAUUCUUUGCGUGGAAGGAAUUUUAGGCGGACCGUGCCACAUCGACUACAACUGUGUUCCCUCCGUCAUUUAUACCCACCCCGAAGUAGGUUGGGUUGGCAAAACCGAGGAAGAUCUGAAAAACGAAGGUGUUCAAUAUAAGAUUGGAAAGUUUCCUUACAUGGCCAAUUCCAGAGCGAAAUGUAACAACGAAAGCGAUGGAUUCGUGAAAGUAUUAUCUUGCAAGGAAACCGACCGUAUCUUAGGAACCCAUAUGAUCGGCCCUUGUGCGGGAGAAUUGAUCAAUGAGGCUGUUUUGGCUCAAGAAUACGGUGCGUCAGCUGAAGAUGUGGCAAGGGUGUGCCACGCUCAUCCAACAUGCGCAGAAGCUCUGAGAGAAGCCAAUGUAGCUGCCGCUUUUGGAAAAGCCAUCAAUUUCUAAACACUUCAUCCGGAAAUCUUGAGAAUGUAAAUACGAUCGUACUACUUUUAUUUAUUUAAGGAGAAAAUUUUAUAUGGAACGUUGUAAAAUCAAUGUAUGACAGUCAGUUUUUGUUUUCUGUUAUACAUUCCCAAGCAAUAAUAUAUUGUUUUAUUUUCGAAGGUAUCAUGUAUUUGUAAGACUCACCAAAACAGUUAUAUGUUGUCGAAAUAAAUUAAUUUCAACUGA